AUGAUUUCCACCUGGCAGCCUAGUGUCCAAGAGCUGAAGCAGUAUCCACAUUUUCAGAGUGUUUCAGGUAUUCAAGGCCUAUAUGAUACACUAAACCCAACAAACAAGAAAGUUCUAGAAACUUUAGUAGCACAACCAAACACAGAUGCAGAACACGAUGCUCUGAAGUUUCUGCAACAUUAUAUAAGAGGUUUAGACAAUGAAAAGCUUAUUCAAUUCCUAAGAUUCACAACUGCAUCAGAUGCCUUGAUUACCAACAAGCUUGAAGUGACGUUCACAAAACUUGAAGGUGCUGCUUGUAAGCCCAUUGCUCACACAUGUGAACUUCUCUUGGAACUGCCUUCUACUUAUUCUAAUUUUGAUGAGCUGAGAGAGCAGUUCAACAACAUUUUGGAAAAGGAUAUGUGGGAAAUGGACAUAAUGUGA